AUGGUUGAAGCCACCAAGAGUUUUUCUAACUCUGUUGAGUGCUACACUUGUAGUACUCAACCGGGUAUUCCUUUUUUCCACUCUACUACUGGUGACAGUGCCCACCGCCCCAAAUGGCAGGCUUUAGCUGGGUCAUCCCUCAUCCCCAUCCGGGUCGAACCCGAACAACCCGACAUGAAGACUGUCGUCGGUUCGACCCGAGAUGAGGGUUUUCUGGUUCGGUUCGGUUCGGUUUUGGAUCCACGAAGCGAGUUUGUACGAAAGUGGAAUAGGGUGUUGUUGGUGGCACGUGGUGUCGCGUUGGCCGUCGAUCCUAUAUUUUUCUACGUGUUCUCGUUGUAUAUAGGCGAGCGUGGGGUCCCGUGUGUCCACUUGGACGCUGAGUUGGCAGUGCUGUUGAGUGUUAUUCGCACGUGUGUUGAUGCGGUGCAUCUCUUUCACAUCUGGCUUCAGUUCAGAUUGGCUUACGUGUCGAGGGAGUCCCUUGUUGUGGGGUGUGGGAAACUCGUGUGGGACGCACGUGCGAUCGCCCAACAUUACGUGAAGCCUCUCACUGGUUUUUGGCUUGAUGUUUUUGUCAUACUACCAAUCCCACAGGCAGUCUUGUGGUUAAUAAUUCCGAAGCUCAUCCGAGAAGAAGAAAUUAAGCAGAUAAUGUCAAUUCUUCUGCUAAUGAUCAUGUUCCAGUUCUUCCCAAAAGUGUACCACAGCCUGACUUUGAUGAGAAGAAUGACCAAAGUUACAGGUUUCAUUUUCGGAACCAUUUGGUGGGGCUUCAGCAUCAAUCUGAUUGCCUACUUAAUUUUCUCACAUGUUACAGGGGGAUGCUGGUAUGCUUUAGCCACACAACGUGUUGUUUCAUGCCUCCAGCAACAAUGUGAAAGGAGUAAACACUGUGGUGAUUUUUCUCCGUUUUGCUCGAAAAUCGGCGACGGUUCUCAAACGUUGCCAACGAUGAUCGGGAGAUCAUCGUGCUUGGAUGACAAUGGACCCUUCAAAUAUGGGAUAUAUGCUGCUGCCCUUCCUGUCAUUUCUAGUAAUUCUCUUGCUGACACCAUUCUUUAUCCCAUAUUCUGGGGAUUACUAAACCUGAGCUCGUUUGGCAAUGAACUUGAGCCCACAAGUGACUUGCUAGAAGUGAUGUUCAGUAUAUGUAUUGUGCUCUGUGGCUUAUCCCUCUUCACAUUAUUGGUUGGGAAUAUCCAGGUGUUACUUCAUGUGGUCAUGGCAAGGAAGAAGAAAAUGCAACUGAGAAGUCGAGAUAUGGAAUGGUGGAUGAGACGGAGACAAUUGCCCUCUCGUCUGAGAUGGCGAGUACGCCAUUUCGAACGUCAGAGAUGGGCAACGAUGGGAGAGGAUGAAUUGCAAUGGAUAGAUGACCUGCCUGAAGGACUCCGGAGGGAUAUUAAACGUCAUCUUUGUCUAGACCUCAUAAAAAAGGUGCCAUUAUUCCACAACUUGGAUGAUCUUAUUCUGGACAACAUAUGUGACAGAGUGAAACCCCUUAUUUACUCUAGGGAUGAAAAGGUAAUUAGAGAGGGCGAUCCAGUGACGAGGAUGUUGUUCAUCGUUCGCGGGCGAAUAAAACGGAGCCAAACUCUAAGCAAAGGCAAUGUAGCCAUAACUAUGCUAGAACCAGGAGGCUUUUUAGGCGACGAGCUGCUCUCCUGGUGCCUUCGUCGCCCUUUCACAGACCGUUUACCGGUAUCAUCAGCGACAUUUACUUGCGCAGAAGCGAUGGAAGCAUACGCUCUUGAUUCUCACCAUCUGAGGUACAUUACGGAACACUUCCGGUACAAAUUCGCCAACGAAAAGCUGAAGCGAACAGCCAGAUAUUACUCAUCGAAUUGGAGAACCUGGGCAGCUGUGAACAUACAAUUUGCUUGGAGAAAAUACAGGAUGAGGAUUAGAGGUCCUAUGAAUCCUGAAAUGGGCAGUGGGGGCAUCGAGACUAGGCUUAGACAAUAUGCAGCAAUUUUCAUGUCAGUAAGACCACAUGACCACCUUGAUUAG